UUUCGGACUAUUCACAUCUCUCCAAAAAAACUAAAUAAAUUAAUUUAAUUUUUCCUGAAACUUUUGGUCCUUUUUGGAAAAUAUUAAAAUCAUGAAUUACGGAAAUAAUGCCCAAUACCAGCAAGUAGACCAAUACGGCAUGUCGGCGUCGCAGGCCCCUGAGGCUUAUCCAGGCUAUGGACAAAUAGGCCAAGGUUACGGCGAGUCGCGCGGCUAUGGCGAAUCUCGCGGCUAUGAAGAACACCGUGGCUAUGAAGAGCCUCGUGGCUAUGAAGAGGCUCGUGGCUAUGGUGAAUCUCGUGGCUACGGCAAUGAACAGCAGUGGUAUCCGGAUGAGUCUCGAUCAUGUCAGCCCGGUUCAGCCUCCUAUGGCGGAGCUGGCUAUCGCAGCCCAUUAAGAUAUAGCAAGGUGCUAAAGGAAAUUAACUCUCGCAAUGGCUUGUAUUCACCAACUGAACGAUCGACUGGAAUGCGUGGUGGCCAUGGCGACUUCUGCAACUCAUUGCCCGGUCUUGGUGGCUACGAUAGUCAAGCCCAGCAAGGAUCAGCUGCUUCCAGAAAUCCCUGGUAUUAAUUGAGCAUUCGUAUGUCAUUCGAAUAUCUGCUUCAUGGUCGAAAUUGAAAAUUCAAAGGCCCAAUGGAUGAAAUUCGUGUGAUGUAGUCUCAUAUAAUUAAAAUUUGAAGUACAAAUUUGAAAAUAAAUGAACGUAAUCUA